AUUGAUUUCGAAGUGAUAAUAAAAUGUUCCGAAAUCUUGGAUUGAUUUUUGGAAAAAUACGGCACGCGAAAUCUUUCCAAUUAUGUGGACAACGAUAUGUGCAAAGCUUGAGGGAACCCGCUCAACCUUUAAAACGAUGUCCAAAAUGGGUUUGCGUAGAAGAUGCGGUAAAGAUUAUAAAUUCAGAGCAUUUAGUUUACAUACAAGGUGGAGCGGCCACGCCAAUGGAACUCGUGCGCGCUAUGACCGAGCAUGGUGUAUGUAAUAAUUUGCGUGGGGUCAGAUUAGUACAUAUGAAUCUUGAGGGAGACACACCAUUCGCUAAUCCGGAGUUUGAGAAGCACUUCAGGUCCAUCAGUCUGUAUGUGGGUACUAAUCUCAGAGAAGCAGUAAACGAGGGACGUGCUGACUGCAUUCCCGUGUUCCUGCAUGAGACACCAAAGUUAUUCUUUGAAAAAAGAAUUACUCCAGACAUUGCGCUGAUCCACGUGAGCAUGCCAGACGCACGUGGAUUCUGCUCGCUCGGUGUGAGCGCGGAUUGCACUCGCGCUGCGAUUUGCACUGCUAAAGUUCUUAUUGCGCAAGUAAACGAGCAUAUGCCGAGGACGUUUGGCGACACAAUAAUCCAUUCGAGUCAUUUUGACUGGGCGGUGAGGUAUGACUGUCCUUUGCCAUGCGUAGCUUGCCUCCCGCCUAAUGAUAUCGAACAAGAAAUCGGCAAAAUCAUUGCGCUGCGACUAAUCGAGGAUGGAGCUACAUUGCAGCUCGGCAUCGGUUGUAUCCCUGACGCGGUGCUCUGUGCCCUAGUCAAUCACAAAGACCUAGGCAUACAUACUGAAGUUAUGUGCGACGCGAUGGUUGAUCUGGUUCAACACGGCAAUAUCACGAAUAAGUGUAAAACCAGGCACAGAGGACGCAUAGUGAGCUCCUUUGCCAUCGGCACAAAAAGAUUGUAUGAUUUUCUGCACAACAAUUCGGUCGUCGAAAUGCUAGCGAUCAAUUAUGUGAACGAUCCUCGAAUAAUCUCGAUGCAGCCGAAAAUGACGGCCAUCAACUCUUGCAUCGAGAUGGACCUCACCGGCCAGGUGUGCUCGGACAGUUUAGGUUGUAAGAUGUAUUCCGGUUUCGGCGGUCAACUGGAUUUUCUACGAGGCGCGGCGAUCAGUGUAGACGGUCGUGGGAAAGCCAUCAUCGCGUUUCCCUCGGUCACCAGUCAAGGAGAGAGUAAAAUACAACCGGUGCUGAAACUCGGAGCCGGAGUGGUAGUAACAAGAGCUCAUGCGCAUUAUAUCGUUACGGAACACGGAGUGGCGGAUCUUUUCGGUAAAACCUUACGACAAAGAGCAAAUGCACUGAUCCAAAUCGCGCAUCCUGAUCACAGAGAAUGCCUCGAAAAAGCCGCAUUUGAGCGCUUGAAAUCUAACCCGACAAAGUAUCUGUAAUACUUGUAAUACAAGUCUUGUAAUAGUUUGAGUCCUAUAAAUUUUGAAGAAUUUAA